UUUACUUAAAAAUUCUAACAAUGGUUGGAGUAGCUCCAAUGAUUUAUGAUGUGCGGGACAUUGUAUUUGAGGGUGAGUGUAUAUCUUCUUCUUCUGGACCUGGUAAUCCUUUAAUUUUGAUUGAUAAUGGAUCAUGGCAAUGCCGAGCAGGAUAUGCAACAGAGUUAUCUCCUCGUAUUGUUUUUGAUAGUUUUGUUUCGAAAUAUAGGGAUAGACGGUUAAUGAGGACGUAUACAUUAGUAGGAAAUGAUACAUUAGUGGAGCCGAUGGCAAGGCAUAUAGCAAAAAGUCCAUUUGACUUUAAUAUUGUCGCUAAUUGGGAUGUAAUGGAAUUAUUGUUAGAUUAUGUAUUUUUGAAAUUAGGAGUUAAGGGAAAUGAGCGAGUAGAACAUCCUUUAGUUAUGACAGAGCCCGUAUGUAAUCCGAAUUAUAGUCGUGGAGUUAUGUCAGAAUUAUUGUUUGAAUGUUAUUGUGUUCCGUCUGUGUGUUAUGGUAUUGAUAGUCUUUUUUCAUUUUAUUAUAAUGGUGGUACGGAUGGGGUAAUUGUGAGUGUGGGUAACAAUACAACACAUGUUAUUCCUGUAUUAAAAGUUUCUGGGCAUUUGGGUGCGUCGAAAAGAAUAUCUUGGGGGGGUGUACAGUCUACAGAAUAUUUACUUAAACUUUUUCAAUUGAAAUAUCCUAAUUUUCCUCAAAAGAUGACAUUUACACAGGCGCAAUGUUUGCUUCAUGAUCAUACAUAUGUUUCACUAUCAUAUAAGGAUGAAAUUAAAACGUUUUUAGAUCCAGAGGUUUUAGCUGUUCAGGACAGAAUAAUUCAAUUUCCAUGCACAGAAACUGUUUCAAAUCUAAAAACGGAAGAGGAAAUUGCUCGACUUGCUGAAAAGAGAAAAGAAGCAGGACGUCGUUUGCAGCAACAAGCUCAGAAAACUCGAUUGGAAAAAUUAAUGCAAAAAGAAAAAGAUAUGGAGUAUUAUGUUAAACUUCAGGAGGCUAUAAAGUUUAAGGAUAAGAGAUAUGUUAUGGAGAAAUUAGAAUCGGAGGGAUUUGCCGAUGAAACAGAGCUACUUACUACAAUAAAAAGACUUGAUACUGCUAUUCGAAGAGCAAAAAAUAAAGACUCUUGUCAAGAUACUGAGAUUCCAUCCUUUCCUUUACUUGAUAUUCCUGAUUCAGAAUUGGAUGAAGCGGGGCUUAAACAAAAAAAACAUCAGAGGCUAAUGAAAUCUAAUUAUGAGGCUAGAAUGAGGUCCAAGGCGGAAAAACAGGUUAAGAAGGCUCGUAACGAAGAAAUGGAAAGAUUAGAUGAAGAAAAACGCUUAAACGACUUGGAAAAAUGGCUCGAAGAGAAAAGAAAUGCUAGAAAUUGUUUAUUGGAGAAAAUAAAAGAGAAAAAAAAGUUAAAAGCUGAUCUUAAUGAUCGAAAAAGUAUGGCUAGUCAGAUGCGUAUGAAAAGUAUUGCCAAUUUAGCUAGUGAACAGUAUUCUAGAAGAAAGAGAAGAAGAGCUACAGAAAUUGAGGAUACUUUUGGUGCAAACGAUGAGGAUUGGGCUAUUUAUCGUAAUAUUGUUAAUACGUCAGAAUCAGACGAAGAUAACAAUAAUUUGCAACAUUUAGAAUCUCAAUUGAUGUUGUAUGAUCCAGCAUUUGCUAAAGAUGAUCUUUUAGAUUUUAAUGAAGAUCCUACUAAAUCCUGGAUUCAUAAAUUUUAUAGGGGAGUAUAUCCCCCAUUCGACCCUAAUGAUGUUCAACAAUUACAUCAAUUGCAUUUAAAUGUUGAGAGAAUAAGGGUUCCUGAGAUUUAUUUUGAGCCGAAUAUAGUUGGAUUAGAUCAAGCAAGUAUAAUUGAAGUUAUAAGCGAUAUUUUGUCUCGUUUUGAUUUGAAUGAUUCCCAGAAAAUGGCAAAUGAUAUUUUUUGUACCGGAGGUGCUUCUUUACUUAAGAAUUUUAGUCUUAGAGUAGAAAAGGAUUUUCGAGCUUUAUGGCCUGCUGAUAAAUCUAUUUGUGUACGACAAGCUAAAGAUCCACUUAUUGACCCUUGGAGAGGUAUGCAACAAUGGUCUCAUACCGAUCAAUAUAAAAACAGUUAUAUUACUAAACAAGAGUAUUUAGAAAUGGGUUCAGAAUAUAUCAAAGAGCAUGGAAUGGGUAAUGUUAAAAUAUGAAAUUUCUUUUUCGAUAAUCAAA